AUGAUCGAGGAAAACCUUGAUGAUGGAUACUGGAUUGAAACUUUUCAACUCGACGAUCAGACUCCUGUUGGGUUCGUGGCAUUUGGACUGGGUCGUGGAGAACUCAAAGUUUACCCAAAUCCCUACACAAAUACAGAAAAAACCAAGCCGUUUCAAAUCCAAAAACUUAUCACUCCUAAUGGUAUGACACAGGCUGAUAUUUCAGGCGAUGGAUUUCAAGAUAUUGUUGCUUGUUUUGACUAUGGAAAUACAAUAAUCGACUUCAAUCCUAACGGAGGAUACAUCGUAUGGUUAGAAAAUCCAGGAAAGAAAAAUAGCACAGAACCAUGGAAACGGCAUUAUGUUGGAAGAUCAGCGACAAUGCAUAGACUUAAAAUUGGUCAUUUCACGCAAACCAAACGCUGGGAGAUUAUAGGUCUGCCCAUCGUAAAUGGACCAUUUGAUGUACCAGUACCCGUGUUGUUAUGUGGACAGCCUGAUAAUCUGCUAAAUGCUACAGCAUGGGAUUGUGAAACUAUUGAUGAAGAAUUUUUCCAUUUAAUUCAUGACGCUACAAUGUUUAAAGUUGAUUCGUUGGAUCAACUUCUUAUUGCAUCACGAGAAGGACUUAGUUGGCUUUAUUAUAAUGAAAACUCAAGAGAGUGGAUUAUUGAGAAAAUUGCUGAUGGUGAACAGGAAGAAAAACAGCAGACAAAUUACUACGGCAGUGGUGGUGUCGCUAUUGGAAAAGUCGGAAGCGACACUUUUGCUUAUAUUGCUGCAAUUGAACCUUUUCAUGGGAAUGUGAUUUCCGUCUACACCAAAACUGCUAACAAUUCAUUGACACAGGUACAAUGGCAAAGACAUGUCCUUGAUGUAUAUGGACAUCCUAACGAAAAUGGCGAAGGUACCGCUCAUUAUGUCGUUUGUGCUGACUUUGACAAAGAUGGAGAUGAUGAAUUUUUAGUGGCACUUCGUGGACCAACUCCGUAUGAAGGUGUCUUUUAUUAUAAACCUAUUGAUCUCUCUCGUGGUUUAUUUGCCAAGUGGCAAAUUAGUGAUGUAUCUGCUGCCAGAAUCGCCCUUGCAGAUUUUGAUAACGAUAGUUUUAUUGAUUUUGCAACAGUAGGCUAUUAUGUUCUUGGUUAUUACUUGGCAAACAAUCCUUCAAUUAACGUUUUUUACAAUCGAUUAGGCAGCAAAACACUAGAAGUCAAAAAUAAGUUACAAGUGACAAAGCAAAACGAUGAACUUUUAUUCUCAGUUCCAAGACCAAACCAAAUAUUACAAUAUCAUGUACUCCCGUUUUUAACAAUCGGAAAUAUAACUUUAUCGUUAGAAGUUUUACCACCUUAUAGUUCGCGUCAAGUUGGAAAAAAUACUUACAUCAAGGUUCUUUGGGGAAUCAUAACAUGGAAAGAUUCCUCCAAUAAAUCUCAGCAACCAAUGAACCAUUCGCGUACGUUUCUCUGCAAACCAAAAAAUGUUUGUUCUCUUGAAAUACAUAGUGAUGACAACAGAAUAAAAACUGGAAGUGAAGGUGCAAUUUUUAUUGUAUUACAACUCCCUAAAGACACAUAUGAUAUUCCUCGAUUCAAUGAUAUUAAAAAGGUUAUGAUCGAGAAUUCGUUACCUGAAAGUUAUCCAGAAGAAGCUCGUAAAGUUGGUUUUAAAUUUAUCAAAGUUGAUGAACUUGAAUGGGGAAAGGAGAAAUUCAAAGGUCUUGAAUUUUAUAAUAUGAGAGGCUUUGACAUAAAGUUUGCUGACAAUAAUGAACAUCUUUGUUAUAUUCAAUUAUGGGCUGCUGGAAAAGGUACUAAUGCUGGUGUGCACAAUCAUAAUACGGACCGCUUUUGCGAAGUUCAUGCUUGUAUCGUGAAUGGAAAUGGAAAUAGUGGUAUGCAUUAUCUCAAAAGUUCUGCAGAUCCUUACGAUCCAUUAACAACAUCUGACGAUGAAUUUGUCAAGUUAGUCGUACCAUCGUUUCAUGAACAUGGCCCUCUCUGGGAUAUCAAUGCAAGAAAAGAACCAGUUUUACGAGAAGAUGGUACAGUUGUAUAUCCUUGGCACAAAUGGCAGUCUGGUGGCAACAAUUCAUCCGAGUCCCUAUGCAGUGAAAUACCGUCUGCAAGAAGCCUAGCUAUUGAUGGUUCCAAAGCUCAAGCUACAAACAAAUCGAUGCUUAAGACGAAGCCACAGCGGCGCCGCUGUGCUUCUGCAUCACAGCAAUCAUAUGAUGUAUGGAUAGCGUUUGAAUUUAAUCCUAAUUUAUCAACACUGCCGGAAUAA